AUGGUCCGGGCCUUAAGCGUCUUAUGGAUUUCCAGGCGGGACACUGGUAUCAAGGAACUGAGAGGGAGAGAAUGGAACGUGUUUCCCCAGAGGCGCACAGUUCCAGCCAGCGGCCCACUCAGUGAGGUGCUCAGGUACCCACAUCCCCACCAGCUGCCAGGGUUCCCUCUCCUCCCUCCGUCCCUCCUCCCAUCUGGGGAGCCCAGCAGUACUGCGGGGGCGGAACAAGGCGGGGCCACGAACGGUUAUAGCUGGGCUCGCAAGGGGACUCACGGCUCGCCUCCAGCCUCCUGCGCUCCGGUACCUGGGCGUCCCGACUCCACUGCGCGCCCAAACCCAGCUGAGCCGGUUCGUGGCCCGCCCCGCCGGGCGGCCGUCGACGCGAGCACCCUGGCGCGGGGCCCGGGGAAGCGGGGGGCUCCCGCGAGCCGGCCGCGGCUGGCACUGCCGCUGCUCCUGUUCCUGUUGCCGCUGCCCGCCGGCGCGUGGUACAAGCAAGUGGCGAGUCCCCGCUACCACACGGUGGGCCGCGCCGCUGGCCUGCUCAUGGGGCUGCGCCGCUCACCCUAUAUGUGGCGCCGCGCGCUGCGCGCGGCCGCCGGCCCCCUGACCGGGGACACCCUUUCCCCCGGACCCGCCGCCCGCGAGGCUCCUCUCCUGCUGCCCUCGUGGGUUCAGGAGCUGUGGGAGACGCGACGCAGGAGCUCCGAGGCAGGGAUCCCUGUCCGUGCGCCCCGGAGCCCGCGCGCCCCGGAGUCUGCGCUGGAACCGGUGUCCCUGGACUUCAGCGGAGCCGGCCAGCGACUUCCGAGAGACGUGUCCCGCCCCGCCGUGGUCCCCGCAGCAAACCGCCUUGGCCGGCCCCGCCUGGCCCCCGGACCGUCCUGACAGCGUUCCCCCGCCUGCGGCGCCUCCGUGCCUGACCCAGGAGGAGUCUCCGCGCUUCCAGGAGCCGCUCACAGCCCCAGCCUGCUGUCCGGUCAAUAAAAUCCGCCUGACUCCUGCGCCCCCGCGUGCGA